AUGGAUGUAAAAACAUUUUACGGAGGCAAACCUAGGGAAUGUGCAGUUAGGGACAUCCCAUCAGACAGUGAGGACAGUGAGCUUUCAGGGAGUGACAGUGAGGAACUGGAGGAGUGGAUCCCUGAAUCAGAUGAGAGUGACUCUGAGGUAGAGGGAGAGUCAAAUGAAGAAGAGACUGAAGUGUCUCACCUCCCAAGAUGUAGAAAAGCACAUCCCAGAUCCAUCGAUGUCUACCCAGACUGGCAGGGCCAGCUGCCAAAACCUGUUGACAUCCUGUCCCCCCUCCAGUACUUCAGAGGGUUCUUCUCUGAAGACAUUCUUCAAAUUAUUGUAGAAGAAUCAAAUCUGUAUUCAGUUCAGUGUGACCCCAAUAAGCCUCUAAACCUCACAACAAAUGAGUUGGAGCAGUUCCUCGGCACUGUGGUUUACAUGUCUCUCUUUGGCCUGCCAGCCACUUGCAUGUUCUGGAACAAAGCCACUCGAGUGGCCAAAGUAGCAGACACAAUGACCCUCAACAGAUGGGAAACCAUCAAGAAGUCCCUCCACAUCAACAACAACGAGGGACAGGAGCAAGAUGAUCCCCUCUACAAAAUACGUCCUCUGGUCACUCACCUGACAUCCAAAUUGAUCUCCAUUCCAAUGAGUGAGAAGCUCAGCAUUGAUGAGCAGAUUGUGCCAUUCAAGGGCAGACACAGAUUGAAACAGUACCUGCCAUCAAAACCAAAGAAGUGGGGCUAUAAAAUUCUCAUCUUGGCAGGAGCUGAUGGAAUACCCCACAACUUUGAGGUCUACACUGGGAGAGUUGACCAACCACCCGAGCUGCUAGAUGUUGGAGCUAGUGGAAAUGUCGUCCUCCGACUGGCUCCGACUACAAGCUAUUCUUUGACAAUUGGUUCUAGUGUCCCUCUUGUAGUCACAUUGGCUGAGCAGGGAAUUCACUCUACUGGCACUGUUCGUAGCAACAGAUUACCUGGAGUCAACCUGAAGAGUGAUGCUGAUCUGAAGAGAGCAGGACGUGGGGCAUUCGAAGAGAAGAUGGCCAUAGUGAGAGACACCACCUUGCAUGUUGUCAAGUGGUAUGACAACUGCUCUGUGACGCUUCUGAGUGACCACGUUGGAGCCAACCCUGUGACCGAGGUCAAUAGGUGGGAUCGCAAGCAGAAAAUUAACAUCACUGUUCCCUGCCUUGCUGUUGUGCGAGAAUACAACAAGAACAUGGGUGGGCUGGACCUGCUUGAUUCCCUGAUUGCUCUCUACCGCAACAGAGUAAGAUCAAAGAAAUGGUACCACCGGCUGGUGUUCCACUUCCUUGAUAUGACUAUUGUGACCGCCUGGCUGCUGUACAGAAGAGACUGCGAAGGUACUGGCAUGGAGCAGAAGGACCAAAUGAGGCUCUACACCUUCAAAUCCUACAUUGCAGAGGGCCUGUGCAUGUGCGGUAAGAGCCUGGAGAAAAAGAGAGGUCGUCCCAGCCAAUCCAUUGCUAGCGCAUAUGAGGAGAAGAGGAGGAAAGGACCCACAGCUCCAAUUCCAGCCCAAGAUGUCCGCCUGGAUCACACAGCUCACUGGCUGAUCAUGUCUAAGGACAAGGGACGAUGCAGGAUGCCAGGGUGCAAUGGUACACCUAAAGCAAUGUGCCGCAAGUGCAAUGUGCACCUCUGCUUCACCCCCGACCACAACUGCUUCCUGAGGUUCCACACGGAAUGA